CCAACCCCCUUCCUCCUCACAGGAAUAACAGGCGGCCUCGGGCACAAAAUCCUCACCUCAAUGCUCCACACCCACCACAUCCCUCCCACCUCCAUAAUCGCCACAUCCCGACACAACGACACCCUCACCACCCAAACCUUCGAAUCCCAAAACCUUCUCUUCCGCCACGCAGAUUACACCUCCCCCUCAACUCUCACAUCCGCAUUCCAAAACGUGCAAAAUCUACUUUUCGUAUCGUCGUCAGAACGAGAUUCCACGAAAAGGAUUGCCGAACAUAGAAAUGUGAUCGACGCAGCGAAGAAAGCAGACGUGAAGAGGGUGUGGUAUGUGAGUUUGGGGUUUGGGGGGUGGGGGGAUGGGAGUAAGAUAAAAUUUCAACACGCGCAUUAUGAGACGGAGAAGAUGUUGCGGAAUUCGGGGUUGGAGUUUGUGAGUUUGAGGGCGGGGGUGUAUGCUGAUGCGUUUCCGUUGUUUUUGAACUGGUAUCCGGAGAGUGAGGAGGUUUUGAUGCCGAACAUUCAACCUGCGGUUGAGGAGGGGAGGAUUGCGUUUACGUCGCGAGAGGAGUUGGGGGAGGUGAUUGCGAAGGUUCUUGUGGAGGGGUUGGGGGGGAUUCAACCGAGGGGGGAGAGGAGGAUUGUUUUGUUGACGGCGAUGAGGACGUAUAGUCUUUUGGAGAUUGUGGAGGUGAUUGGUGAGGUGAGAGGGAGGAGGGUGAAGGUUAGGUAUUUGGAGCCGGAAGAGUGGAUUCGGGAGUCGGCGAAGGGGGAUAUUGGAGGGAAGUCAGAAGCCUGGUUUCAGGCGAGGUUGGUUUUCUUUCAGGGGAUUUGUAAUGGUGAUGCUGAGGUUACGGAUUCUGCUAUGAUGACUUUGUUGGGGAGGGAGCCGGAGACUGGCGUGCAGACUGUGAAGAGGUUGUUGAAGCAGAAUCCGGAGUACAGAUGGCACCAGAACCAU